GAGUGGAGAAACGUCUGAUGGCUGCUCGUAAGAACAUGCAUCCAGUGUGGAUAAUAUAUUCACUGUUUUACUUCAAAAACACAUAUUGCUGCUGAUAUUCUUCAUAUUAGAUCCUACCAGACAUACUCCAAAGGGGGCGAAGCUGGGUGAGAGACCAGGAUGUCUGGGGGCCCUGCAGUGCGUGUGAGUAUUGAGUCGUCCUGUGAGCGACAGGUACAGGAGGUUUCACUGGAUGGAGUGGAGACAUAUGUGCCACCACUGUCCAUGUCACAAAAUCUUGCAAAGCUUGCACAGCGGAUUGACUUUGGCCAGGGUUCUGACUCAGAAGAGGAAGAACCAAAUGGGGAAAGCAGAGAUACAGACUGGAACAAGCAGGAACCAGAAGAGGAUGAGGGCCUUGUGAAAUUCCAGCCAUGUUUGUGGCCAUGGGACUCUGUGAGGAAUCACCUACGUAGUGCCCUGACUGAAAUGUGUGUACUGCAUGAUGUGCUCAGCAUCAUCAAGGAGAAGAAGUACAUGGCUCUUGACCCUGUUUCCCAAGAUCCCACUGCUGCAAAGACCCCUCAGGUCUUCCAGCUAAUCAGUAAGAAGAAAUCUCUUGCCAAUGCAGCUCAGUUGCUCCUAAAGGGGGCAGAAAAGCUGAGUAAGUCUGUAGCAGAGAGUCAGGAGCAGCGGCGGCAGCGUGACUUUAACACUGAACUGCUGCAACUGCGCUCACAGUGGAAACUGCGCAAAGUUGGAGACAAAAUACUUGGAGACCUAAGCUACCGCAGUGCUGGGUCUCUUUUUAACCACCAUGGCACCUUUGAGGUUAUUAAAAACACUGAUAUCGAUUUGGAUAAGAAAAUUCCAGAUGACUACUGUCCUCUCAAUGUCCAGAUCCCCAGUGACCUGGAGGGCUCAGCAUACAUUAAGGUCUCUAUUCAGAAACAAUCCCCAGAUAUAGGAGACCUAGGAACAGUCAGCCUUUUCCGGAGGCAACCCAAGGCCAAGCCAGGUUCCCAGGCAUGGCAUCUAAAGCUAGAAGCUGCCCAGAAUGUUCUCCUUUGUAAAGAGAUCUUUGCUCAGCUUUCUCGGGAGGCAGUGCAGAUAAAAUCUCACAUUCCGCACAUUGUCGUCAAGAACCAAAUCAUCUCCCAGCCUUUCCCUGGGCUGCAGCUCUCCAUCUCUCUGUGCCACUCCAAUAUAGAGAAGAAGAACCACAGAGCUUCACCUGACAAAAGCAAACCAGAUGACCAUCUGUAUGUGCUGGAGCACAACCUGCACCAGCUUAUUAGAGAGUUCCAUAAGCAGAACUUGAGCUCGUCUGUGAUGCCUCACCCUGCAAGUGCUCCGUUUGGACCAAAGCGGUUGCGACUGGCUGGGCCAAUGGCCUACGAUAAACCUGAAAUUAACUGUCUACAGCACAGUGAGGGCCUACUGGAGAAAAUCAUCAAACAAGCCAAACACAUCUUCCUCAGGAGUAGGACGGCACGGACGAUUGACAGCUUGGCAAGCCGUAUAGAGGAUCCUCAGAUUCAAGCUCACUGGUCCAAUAUUAAUGAUGUGUAUGAGUCCAGCGUCAAAGUCCUGAUCACUUCACAAGGCUAUGAGCAGAUUUGCAAGUCUAUCCAGUUGCAACUAAAUAUUGGAGUGGAGCAGAUCAGAGUGGUGCACAGAGAUGGACGAGUUAUCUCUCUCUCCCAUCAAGAGCAAGAGCUGCAAGACUUCUUACUGUCACAGAUGUCUCAGCACCAGGUACAUGCAAUACAGCAGUUAGCAAAGGUAAUGGGAUGGCAUGUACUAAGCUUCAGCAACCAUGUGGGACUUGGAGCCAUUGAGAGCAUUGGCAAUGCUUCUGCCAUUACUGUAGCAUCACCCAAUGGAGAGUAUGCCAUCUCAGUGCGGAAUGGGCCUGAGAGUGGGUGUAAGGUUCUGGUUCAGUUUCCACGUGGCCAGGCUAAAGACCUACCAAAAAGUGACGUCUUGCAGGAUGGGAAAUGGAGCCAUUUGCGAGGGCCAUAUAAAGAAGUGCACUGGAGCAGGAUGGAAGGCAAGAACUUUGUCUACAAAAUGGAGCUUCUAAUGGCUGCACUGACUCCCUGUCCUUAGACCACAUUUGUCUAAACCAUGUUUUAUACAUUAUCUACAAUGUCUGUACAUCGGUUUUCUUCUCAUUUCGCCCUUCACCAUAAAUUCUCUAUUUUUGAGUGUAUUAUUGUAACUGCAUCACAUUGUUUUUGUUCUGAAGAUGAGAGGGCUGCUGAUUAAGCCCAUCAAUAAACAGUGAUGCAGUGAAAAACAACUUUUCCAUUUGCAGGCCAUUGGAGCAUUUUCUUAUUCUCUUGUAAUAUGGCAAAUAGUUAUGUAUUUCACCCAGUAUAGUGAACAUCAAUAUUAAAUAUUUUUUUGUAUGGAAAUUAAUAAAUAUGAAAUAUUGAUUGUCUAUACUAAGAAUCACUGUCAUGGUCUGAAUAAUAGUUACAUUCAAUUCAUAUAUUAAUAUAUUAAUGUAUAUUGAUAUAAGUAUAUAUUCAUUUAAAAUCAGUUGUGAACAAGUAGGUUGAGUGGCAUAAUGCUGAAGACCAUGAUUGUGAUUUAAAUAAAAAGAAUAGACACGAGACUCUAUACAAACUUUGCACAAAGUUAUGCAUGCAGGGUACAAGCAGAUAAAUAUAUGCUCAGUAUAUCAUAAAACUAAAUAUAUUAAGACAAUGAAAGGUAAGGCAGAAUAAUGCCUAAUUUUUGAGAGGAAGAAGAACUUUUGAGAUAUAAAGAAUUUGAAGUUGAUUUAAUAACAGCAAUACCUGGUUGGAGAAUGCAAACCAAAAGUUACUUGUCUAAAAAUCUAACUAAUAAUGGACUUUCUUAUAUAUCAUAACUGAUGUAUUGUUAACCUCUCUUUCAAUGGGAAGGAAACAGAAGAUUCUAGAAACCUCAGGAGUUGGUCCCAUGUAUGGUUUAAUUGGACUUCCUCUGGCUGUAGCUCACAUAUUUGUGACAUGUUUUAUCUCUCCCCAUGAAAAAUCCAAAUGUUCUUGAUCAUCGUCAUUGGAGAAAACACAUAAACCUACAUGAAUUAAUUCA